CCCAAACUGACUGUGAGAGUGAAUCCUCAGAGCUCCGUCUACACUGGAGACAGAGUUACUCUGAACUGUAAUCUGCUGUCUAAUGGAUGGACUUUUCUCUGGUACAAAGAUCGAGUCCAAGUAGCUGAAGACACCGACACACUCCAUGAUACAGUCUCUAAUGCAGGAGAAACAGUGUAUCAGUGUAAAGCACGCAGAGGAAACUACGACUCAGAGCUCAGUGAUCCAUUUACAGUUACAGUUAGAGCGCUCCCAAAACCUGUGGUGUUCAUAAAUCCUGAUGAACAGGUGUACAGAGGAGAGACUGUCACUCUCAGAUGUGACAUACAGGAUGAAGAGGACUCUGACUGGAUCUACAGCUGGGAUAAAGAUGGUUCUGGUGUCAGUAGUGAACAGGAGUACAGAAUCAGUAGUGCUGAAACAUCUCAUGCAGGUAAAUACACCUGUAGAGGAAGAGAGAGAGGAGGCUCACACUCCUCACACACCAGUGAUGCUGUUACACUGACUGUAUCAGAAAAACCUAAACCUGAACUCACACCAAGUCGUGAAGGAGCUGUACUGAAAGGAAACUACGUGACUCUGUCCUGUACACUGAAACUGCAGUCUGCUGGAUGGAAGUUUUACUGGAUCAAACCCACACAGAGCACUGAGACUGAGACUGAAGCUGAAGCUAAAACAGACUCCUACAUCUUCAGAUCAGUUAGAGUCUCUGAUGGAGGUCAGUACUGGUGCAGAGCUGGAAGAGGAAACCCAGUCUACUACACACACUACAGUGAUGCACUCUGGGUAAAUGUUACUGAGAGUCCUAAAGCUGUGGUGACCAUAAAGCCUGAUAAACAUGUGUUCAGUGGAGAGACUGUGAUUCUCAGAUGUGAAAUCCAGGGAGGAGGAGACACUGAGUGGAAAUACAGCUGGUAUAAGAAUGAUAAAACACUCUACCCAUACCCCACAACACAGGAGUUCAGCUUCAGCUCAGUUAUGAAUUAUAACAGAGGUAAAUACACCUGCACAGGGAGGAGAAGCAGUGACUCUCAGAGCUCAGAGAUCAGUGAUGCUGUUACACUCACUGUAUCAGAUGCAGCAGAGGCAGUAGUGAGUGUGUCUCCACUGCGCUGGCUGACUGAAGGAGACUCAGUGACUCUAAGCUGUGAGGUUAAACACUCCUCUACAGGCUGGACAUUCAGCUGGUACACAGAGAUUCCCUCCAGAGACAGUCAGGGUUCCCUCAGGUACAGUACAGCGCUCCUCUCAGACAGCAGCAGAGGAUCUGGAGGCUCCUACACUCUCAGUCCUGUUACUGUGAAUCACACAGGAGUUUAUAUGUGCAGAGCAGAGAGAGGAGAACCAGUCUUUCACACACGGGACAGUAACCUACAGCCACUGUGCAUCACUGGUGAAUCUCCUCCAGUGUCUCUGAUCAUCAAUCCCAGCAGAACUCAACACUUUACUGCUGACUCUCUCUCACUGAGCUGUGAGGACCAGAGUGACUCUACUGGAUGGACAGUGAGAGGAUACACACACAGUGAGACAGUGUCUGAUUGUCCUUCAGUUUCAGGAUCUACAUGUAACAUCAGCUCCCUCUCUACAUCACACACUGGAGUUUACUGGUGUCAGUCUGAAUCUGGAGGACGCAGUAAUCCUGUCAACAUCACAGUGCAUCAUGGUGAUGUGAUCCUGGACAGUCCUGUCCAUCCUGUGACUGAGGGACAUCCUCUGACUUUACAUUGUUUAUCUCGCAACUCAAAUAUCUCAGAUUCUGGUGUUGAUUUCUAUAAAGAUGGUUCCGUCCUGCAGAAGAAGACUACAGGAGAGAUGACCAUCAGUACUGUGUCAAAGUCAGAUGAAGGUUUCUACCACUGUAAACACCCAGAGAGAGGAGAGUCACCGAAAAGCUGGGUUUCAGUCAGAGGUCGGUCACAUGCAGAAGCUCCAAUGUCAGUGCUCAGACUGAUCAGUAGUCUAGUGACAGUCUCUGUGUAUCUGCAGCUGACCAUCAUUCUGGCAGUGAAGUGUUACAGAGCUCGCGUUCAGACUGAGGAAGACAACAAACAGAACGCUGUUAUAGAGGAGUGAACAAUGGUCAUCUAUAAAAAAAGAGGUUUUGUGAUUGUGAAAUAAUAUUGAUUUGUCACUUUAUUAAUGAUUCACUAUACACUUUUAUUGUUCUGAAGUCUACACACCUCCUCAUGUGUUCAAAUUAUAUAUAUAUAUAUAU